GUUUAUUUUUAUUUUAAAGAAUUAAUACAAUUCCCAUUUAAUGCUUUUAAUUUGUUUCAGUCAUUAAGAUAAUCAACGAGACAGAGACAUUCUUACAGCAUAUUUAGAAGGAGUCUCAAGUCUCGGCGCUGGGUAACAGUUAAAGGUAAUAUUGUGUGUUUCUUUGAAAUAACCAUUGCAUUAUUUUUUUUUGCAUUAUUACAUUAGAAAAGAGGAAAAUAAUGAGUAAUGAGUUUUUGAGGGAAUUGCUGGUUAUAGCUAUCAUAACAUAGCAAUAUAGCUAUCAUGUGGAAAAAAGUUCAUAAGCAUUUUUAAUAAGGUAAAAAAAAAUAGCUGUGGUAAAAGUUUUUACUCCUUACCUGAUACCUUCUUGAAAUAUGUAGGAAACUAUGUUGAAAAACCUACAAGAUACUGAUCACAGCCUUAUGACUAAGUUAAUAAUGCAUAACAACAUAUUUUCCGAAAAUGUAGUCUAAGAAAUUAGGAACAGGAGGAGAAAUUAUACAGAACAUUUCAUUUUCACAUGAUUUUUUAAACAAUUUUAACUUCAUUCCUUUAACAGAAUACAAAAAUACAUCUUUAACGUAACCAUCAGCUAAACUGCCUUAAGUUCAAUAAAACAUGACCAUAUUCUUUUUUGAUAAGCUUGCAUACAGCACUGAUGCAGCAAGCAAACAGAGAAAUAUUAGGCUGAAACUGCUGAAGCAUUCCUUUAAAUUGCAUAUUUAAGAACUGCUGAGAUGUGUGGAAGGCAGAAGUGUGGAACCAACCCUGUGUGAUUGAGACACAGCCGAUGACUGUUGCACUUACGCUUGGAGCCGCAUACAGUGUUCUGCAGUAUAUGUGAGGGAAAGUAAAGGGUCUGUGCAUUAAAAAACAAUGCAUAAGUCACUGGGACACAUUAUAUUCUCUGUUUAGCAAUUCAAAGUGUGUGUGUGUGUGUGUGUGUGUGUGUGUGUGUGUGUGUGUGCUGGCUGUAGUCAAACUGCCCGCUUUGAUGUGUUUCUCUUUCUCUCCACACUGUGGUGCAGCUCCUCUCUCUCUCUUUCUCUCUCUCUCUCUCUCUCUCUCUCUCUCUCUCUCUCUCUCUCUCUCUCUCUCUCUCUCUCUCUCACACACACACACACACAUUCACACACCCUCCCUUACACGCUCACUCAUACACACACAGACUCUCUCUCUCUCUGUCAGCAGAUGGACGAAGCUUUGCUCUGGUGCACAAUCUUUUUUCCCUGUUAUGUUGCAGCUUAUACGGUUUCUCUUUAAUGGAGAUUUGCACGGAAAGCACUGAAGAUUAAUCUACUCUAGGAAAAUAUCCCUUCUCUCUCUCUCUCUCUCUCUCUCUCUCUCUCUCUCUCUCUCUCUCUCUCUCUCUCUCUCUCUCUCUCUCUCUCUGUCUAUCUACCUUUUUAUCUAUCCUCUCUUAGCUGCUUUUGUGGAAGACGGCUUGCAUGCCAAAGCUGCUUUACUUCAGAAAGAUUUAGUCCCUGUUUGCUGUUACCAUAUCCUCAUUUUCCUAGAAAAGCUUUCUUAUAGACGUUGGAGCAUGGCUGUGGGAAUUUAUGUUCAGUCAGAAGAGCAUUAUUGAGUCUUGGAGGUGUAAAGAGGAUCCAACAUAGACUGGAUCCCAUUUUUGUAUCGUUUUUCAAGGACUGCUCAUCCAUGUUUUCUGUUUAUCUGAUGGAUAACCCGAAGAAAACGACACAAUCUGGAACAUAGGUAAAAUAUAAUUUUUCAGUUUGUUUGCAUUGCACUCAAAAAAGAACUGUUUUAAUCAAAUCUUUUUUAAAUGCACGAUAUGGCGCAUCCUAGUCACUCUACGUGUUGCAGAAGCGAGCUCAUGCUCUUCCAGAUUGAUUAGCUGACAGUGGAUCCCAUUAUUAUUAGAUUUAAAGCCCAACCCCAUUUUUUUAUCCACUAUAAACAACAAGUUUUUUUGUAUCCUGCCAUCUUUCUGUUUAUAUUGAGAGAACCAUGGCUGAUAAAGUCGGUCUCGGAGUUCCACAAACGGGCUCGCGUUCAUCCACUUCGCUUCCUCCAGAGCCCAUCGAGAUCAUCCGCACCAAAGCCCGCACCAGAAGAGUGCGGAUCAACGUGGGAGGCCUGAACCAUGAGGUUCUAUGGCGAACUCUGGACCGGCUCCCGCGCACACGUCUGGGCAAGCUGCGUGACUGCAACACGCAUGAGUCGCUCAUGGAGGUGUGCGACGAUUACAGCUUAAAUGAGAAUGAGUAUUUUUUUGACCGGCAUCCGGGCGCUUUCACGAGCAUCCUGAACUUCUAUCGCACUGGGAAGCUGCACAUGAUGGAGGAGAUGUGUGCGCUCUCGUUCGGACAGGAGCUCGAUUACUGGGGUAUCGAUGAGAUUUAUCUGGAGUCGUGCUGCCAGGCACGCUACCAUCAGAAAAAGGAGCAGAUGAAUGAGGAGCUGAGGAGGGAAGCAGAGACACUGCGUGAGAGGGACGGAGAGGGGGAGUUUGACCACUCCUGCUGUCCUGAUAAGAGGAAGAAACUGUGGGAUCUUCUGGAGAAGCCGAGCUCCUCGGUCGCUGCAAAGAUCUUGGCCAUCAUCUCCAUCCUCUUUAUCAUCCUCUCCACUAUCGCCUUGUCCCUGAACACGCUACCUGAGCUCCAGGUGACAGAUGAAUAUGGGCAGGCAAAUGAUAACCCUCAGCUGGCACACAUCGAGGCUGUCUGCAUCGCCUGGUUCACCAUGGAGUACCUGCUGCGUUUCCUUUCUUCACCCAACAAGUGGAAAUUCUUUAAAGGACCUCUAAAUGUGAUUGAUUUGUUAGCCAUCUUACCUUACUAUGUCACUAUAUUUCUGACCGAGUCGAACAAGAGCGUCCUGCAGUUCCAGAACGUGCGGCGUGUCGUCCAGAUUUUUCGCAUCAUGAGAAUCUUGAGGAUCCUUAAGCUAGCCAGGCAUUCAACCGGACUCCAGUCACUUGGCUUUACUCUCAGGCGGAGCUAUAAUGAGCUCGGCCUGCUCAUACUGUUCUUAGCGAUGGGAAUUAUGAUAUUCUCAAGCUUGGUGUUUUUUGCAGAGAAAGACGAAGAUGCAACAAAAUUUACGAGUAUACCAGCUUCAUUCUGGUGGGCCACUAUCACCAUGACAACCGUUGGAUAUGGGGAUAUCUAUCCACAGACUCUGCUUGGUAAAAUAGUCGGCGGGCUUUGCUGCAUCGCAGGCGUAUUGGUGAUCGCUUUACCGAUUCCCAUCAUCGUCAAUAACUUCUCCGAGUUCUACAAGGAGCAAAAACGUCAGGAGAAAGCCAUCAAGAGACGAGAGGCAUUAGAAAGAGCCAAGAGGAACGGCAGCAUUGUCUCAAUGAACCUGAAAGACGCAUUUGCCAGGAGCAUGGAGUUAAUGGACGUUGUGGUGGAGAAAAGUGAAGAAAAACCUUCCUUCGAUAAUCACCUGUCUCCAAAUCGCUGGGGAAUUCCGAAGCGUGCUUCCUCGGAUGCCAGCUUUAGAACGUUUGAUAGAAAGAUGGGAUCACGGGAGUGUUUUAAGAGCUCAAGUCCACAGCACCUUAAUGUGCAGAAACUAGAAGAAAUAUACAACCAGAUGAGCAAGACACGAUCCUUAUCAGAUCUCAACAAAAAUCUGAGUGCUGCUGGGUCAAAGCAGGAUGCACAGAAUGCCAAAUCUAAUCGACAACGGAAUAGACCUGUUUCAGAUAUACCACAAAUGACGAGCAUUGACAACUUUGCGAGCUGCACUGCUGAACUCGGAGGAGCCAACAAGUCUAUCCCUUCUUCUAACACGGCAGCUCAGCUUGAGCAAAAUCAGACUGAAGUGCCUCCACUUUGCUACAAGAACUCAUCAUCAGACACACCCAAAAUCAGCCCAGAAGAGGAUGAACAGUUUGAUUACAGGUCUAAAAACCUAGUUAACCAGGUAGCAUCCAAAGAUGAUGAUGAGUGCGUUGUGGAGAACACCACAAGUUUGGUGACAAGUGGUACUCCAGUUGAGACAACCUUCCAAAUUAGUCCUGAACGGAGAAGCCAAUUCAAUUACUCACCAAGUCAUGAAAUAAUAUAUAACAAAGCUAUUGUGGACAACGAAACAUUUUUAAUUCAGAGUGUUGACCCAGACAUUACUGUACAUUUUCUAGGAAAAUCAGAUCCUCUAACACCCCCAAGCACUUCCUCUGCUCAGGAACUCAGCAUCAGUUUUAUGGAAGACAACGACUCACUAAAGCAACAGUGCUCACCACUUUUUGCAGAAUCAGUAACUUUCGCUAGAAUCUCAGAACAAGGACAAAUCGUUUCUCCAAAGCUUCCGGUUGGUGAAUUCCAUCCAAAUGAGACUUUAUCGCUUCUUGAGGAACACGAGCGAGCGUCCACGGAGGAGGACAUUGCUGGCACUUUGGAUCGUUCUCUGAAACUUACUGCACAAAACUGCACUCAGGAUGAAGUAGAUGACACCGCAGAGGGAAAAACUGAAAGCAACCAAAGUGGACACAAAGUAGAGAAUCACAUGUUUAUGCCAGAGAUUCAUCUCAUGCCUGGAGAUGGGGAUAUUUCACAAACUAGCAUGUGAAUCAGUGGAAGGUGGAGAAAAAAAGCAUGGAGGUGUAGCAAAAGAUAUUCUUUGCAUGGCAUGAAAAUGAAAAGGUCAUUAUAAUUGUGGCAUUGUCUGCAGGAAAACAGUCUUCAUGGGGGAAAAAACGUAUUUAUUAAAAAUAAAUAAAUAAAUAAAUAAAAUUAAGAUCCUGCUGAUUUAUACAGACUCAAUGACGGACAAGAAAGUGCAGAGAAAGAGCAUGCAUUAAAAACAUACGUUUACGGUGCUUAGUUUGCUAAAAGCGCUUCACUGUAAAUACACUGAGGACUGAAUGAUGCACACAGACACAGAGGACAAGUGCAACUCAAAUCCAACUUAUUUAUUAAUACCGUGCUUCAAAGACUGAAAAGUUGCAAAACAGCAACGUACUGAAACAUAUCAUUACACAGUAAUGCAAUGUGUACCAUGACAGAGCUGUCUUUUUUCUUUUUUUUUUUAAGAGUAUUGUCUGUGAUACAAGCAACAUUUUGACUGGUAAUUUGCAAUUUGACUUGCAAAUUCAGAUUUAAUGACCAGAAAUGAACGGUCACGCCUGUUCAGAAAUACUUAUACGAGCAGAUUUUCUUACUUAGCCAGCUAGCUAGUUCGGGAUGUCAAUGAAUGUUAUGCUAGCACAUCAGACAGCUAGCAUAAGUCAGAUUUUGAAUGUGAAUGAUCAUGUUUGACAGACAUUUUUUAGCAACACUAAAGAUGACCAUGAUAAAUUGUUAAUGUAAUUCUGUAUAUCUCACCUGUUCUCAUUUUCCACUCACUUAUGCUAGCUAGCUUUAUAGAUAGCUUCAUUUCUAGUUAUAGCGGCUAGCAUAACGCUGAGCAGGAGAAGUAAUACUGAACUAGUAGAAAUUUUAAAUAGACACAUGGACAGCUUCAAUUAGUUUUUAUAAACUGAACCUUUAUAUGCCGUUAAAAAGUUUGAAUGUAAUCUCACUCACUGCCCACUUUAUUAGGUACACCUGCAGUAUAUUCCUGGAGUUAUACAAUCAGCCAAUACUGCGGCAGCAGUGCAAUGUACUGUAUAUAAAUCACGAAUACACGCAUCAAGAGCUUCAGUUAACAUUUAAAUUAAACAGCAGAAUGCAGAGAAGUGGGAUCUCUGUGACUUGGUUUGGGUGUUAGUAUCAGAUGGGCUGGUUUGAGUAUUCUAGAAACGGCUGAUAAGAGAUUUUCACAUACAGUACAACAGUCUCUAAAGUUUAUACAGAAUGAAGAGGUUCAUCCAGUUUGAAGAGGGACACAAAGGCUAUACAAUGACUCAAAUUACAGCUCUGAACAACCAUGAUGUGACAUUGAGGUGGCUCACUGAAAACUUUACAGCUGAAGAUAUGAACACAAUGGCUGUUUUUCUGAUCUUCAGCUGUUCAGGCUGGGUGUCUCUGCACUCUGUGUAGUCUCAGAGUCCUGUUUUUGACUAACAGGAGUGGAAAAACCUGCUCAUCUGGUUGUAAAGAGUGAUAAAUUAACAUCCCAGUCUAUGAUCUCUCUCUACUGAUCAUUCUGUUUUAUCCUUGUUUUUUGUUUUUCACACCAUUCUGGGUAAAUUCUAGAGACUGUUGUAUGUGGAAAUCCCAAGAAAACCCAACUGUUGAGCAAAUCCAAACAAUGUCAUGGUCAAAGUCACUGAGAUUAUAUUUUUUCCCUCAUUCUGAUGUUUCAUGCACACAUUUUUAAUAAGUGGUCUUGAUCUGUAUCCGUAUGAUUUUAUACAUUGUGCAGCAGAGGGAUGACUGGAUAACUGCACUGACACUGAACAUGCAGGUGUAAACAUGUUCUAAUUAACGUCUGUUAGUUACGUAUGUUCUGGUCAUUAAAUCUUAUUUUUGCUUUACAUAUAUAUUUUAUUUCACUAAUAAUAAUAAUAAUAAUAAUAAUAAUAAUAAUAAUAAUAAUAAUAAUAAUAAUAAUAAUAAUAAUACAAAAACUAGGACCGAAAAGCCAUAUUUUAAAAUUUUUAUUUUAAUUUUCAUGAAUUUCACAGAAUUAUGCUUCCAAAGUUUUUUUCUUAUUACUGCGUCUUUUUAUCACCAGUCUGAAGCCGGUUCUGGUUUGGUUCUCCAACAAACCUUUUUAAAAGGCAGAAUGAGUUUGAGAACCAAACCAUGCCAUCAUUUAAUGUGAUUGUUGUUUGACUUUUUUUUAAACGUUAUUUAAAACUUAUUUUUUAGUCUACACAGCAAACAAAUAUUGCCAUAGCGGACUCUGUCACAAAACCGGACAGACAGCUACAUUCUUUGAUUGUUUAUGAUUCGGUUAGCAUUAGCACUAGCAAUGUAUCCCCCCAUCAAUUUGGUUAUUGCCAGUAAAGUGUUUCAUCGUCAGACCGCAAAUUGUGAAAUUGAUUUCACACUUUGUGUCAAACAUAUUAUUCACAUUAUCAUCUUGUAUUCAUGGAUAAUUUCAUGCAAACACCUCUGUUGUCAUAGUGACUAAACAUCCUCCAGUUUGUCAGGUGUUCUCUUCCUGUCUUCAAUGCUGUUUUUAAUGUACACUUGUUGACUUCCCCUCAUGACUCGUAGUUAGUCUAGUGUUCGUUCUCUUGUUUACAGCUUCAUUUAACAGAACUGUUGAAGACUGGUGCAAGGUCUUCUGGGUAAAUUGUUUUCCUGAUGUUUACAGUUAUGUUAUCUGGAUCCCUCAUCUAAUGCUCUUCUAAUCAACAAGCUAACCAACUAAUUGUAGUUCAAAAAAACGGGACUUAACCAAGGGGAAGUGGACAAAAAGUGUGUUAAAAAGAGAAUUGGAACUCUCCAGCAACAUAUAGAUGAAAGUAUAUACAUAUUUAUUUAUUUAUUUAUUUAUUGUUUUUAAGUAUAAUCAUCAUCACAUGAACUAAAAGGAUUUCAGUAAGAUUGAAACCCGAUUUACUUUUCACGUUGCCUUCAUUCAAAUGUUAUUGUAUGUCAUUUUUAUCAUAUGAAUUGAAAUUUACAUUUUUUUAGGCUUGUGUACAAAGAAAGAUGAAUUUUAAAGGUUUUUAGUAAACGGACGGAAAGUGCAAUACUGUCAUUCUGCAAAUCUAUGCAGGCCAAGAAAAAAAUACUGCACUUUAUUUUACAGUUUAAUGUACAGGCAGACAAAUACACAUGUAUUUUCCAAAUAUAUAUCUUUAAUAUUAAAAUAAACAGUGUUACUACAGGUCAAAAAUAAGAUUUUACAUUAGUCUGACUCAGAUAUAAACCUUCAAAACAGCAGAUAUGGGCCUUUAUAAUCAUGUAAAAAUGAAGUUAAAAACAUGAGAAUGAUCUAGAAAUGCAACAGGCGAACUAUAUUAUGUUUUUGUGAACAAACACUGUCGAUACUUCUAUUUUUUCUAAACCGUUUUCCUGGUUGAAAUGAAGCUCGCCUGUUCCUAAAUAAAUCAUGUUAUUAACGGAAAGGCUGAUCAGUUUUUUUUGUUCAUAGCUCUGUACAGAAAAAAUACCAAACUACUUUUUAUAUGAAUAAAUCAGGUCUUUCAUUGAGAGAUAAUAAAAAAUAAUCUAUGAGUUCUCAGGUUUUCUACAAAACAAACCUACGACUAGUGUGUAUUUUUCCUUAUUUACAGAUAAUGAUGUCAUUUAGGUCUCUUGUUAAACAGGUACGUGUUUAUGUCUAGGCAGAGAGCGAAACGUUAUAACAUUAGGCCAUAGACAUUAUACUCAUCGCACAUGGGAAUGUAUUUACUCUAAAUAUUCAUCUUUACUGUAAACCUAUAUCAUAAAUAUCCAUCACUGCAUCACAUGGAUUCACUUUAUCUCAUUAAGAUUCGAUGUAUAGUCAGCAGGACUUUAUCUCACUUUGAGGUCACGAAUGGUCUGCGUAACUCUAUAUAUGCAUUCUAUAUUAUUUCUAAAUUGAAAAGAUGGUCCGUGCAUAAUAAUUAAAAUACGUAGUAAUAAACAAACAAAAAUGUUAACCGAAUCACAGCUCAACAAAUGAGUGCUACAUAAACAAACGAAAACUUAUAAAGCUUUCCCGAGGUUAAAAAGAAGUAGGAAUUCUUUAUUUCUCUGAUUAAACCUGCUUUUUCACUGGAUGCCUAUGAAUUAAAAAAAACACUAAGGUUAAAGUUUAUUUUACGUCAUUUUACGGCGCUGUAAAAAUAAUAUUUUAAAAUAAUUUAUGAUAAAGCAAAUCUAUCAAUCUCAUCCUUAGUUCGGGGAAGGAAGAAAAUGACUUCUUCAAGAAUAAUACAUAUAAAACAUUUUAAAUAAAUGAUCAGCUGUCCUUAUGGUACACACUUCAACUCACUACUCAAAAUAUUGCCUACCAAUGUGUAAGCGUAAUGCCUCCUUCAAUGGACAAAGCGAAUACAGGGGAAAUGAUCGUAGUGUAUAUGAAACUUUCUUGAUAUAUAACAGAUUAUUUCAUUUCUACAAGCCUCAAUAAACAACAACAACAACAACAACAAAAACAAUACUACUACUACUACUACUACUACUACUACUACUACUACUAAUAAUAAUAAUAAUAAUAAUAAUAAUAAUAAUAAUAUGUAGAUUGACUGGAAAUAAUGUAGACUGACAAGAAAUAGUGUAGUUUGACCUGAUGUUCCUUUAUUCUCUAGUAGCAAAAAACGUUCAGAUAUCUAUAUUAAGGUAUUAAUAGUGAGCAAAAAUAAUAGUAGCUCAAAAAAUAUCCAUUUGUCAAUAUGAUACUAGCAUAAAAAUAGGAGCAGGUUUUGGAUCAUCACAUAUGGAAUCACAGUUAUUAUCUAUUCCUCUGUAACGUAACGCUAUAUUAGAUACAGUUAUCACGAUAUAAAAUCAUACUGCCAUAUCAUCACACUCCUAUUUUAAAUAUGUAGUAAUAGUAAGGGUGUUUGUUUGGGACAUAGCCACUUGACCAGGAAAACUGCAUUGUGAAUGCUUUGCACAUGCUAUUAUAUAGUAGGGUGGCAUUUGGGACGUGGCCCAGCACCUGGAAAACACUGCUAAUGUGUGAAGUUAUUAUCUCUACUGCUAUAGUGCAGCUAGUUCAGAUUUCCAUUAACACGGUAUAAAAAAUAUUAUUCCAGCCCUGUAUUUUAUCACUGUGCCAUUUCAAACACCGAACAUUUCAUUCUCACCUUUUAUUUUCGUACUUUCUUUUGAUUUGAUUUUUUUUUGAAGAAAGAGGAAACUAAAGAAAGAGCUCACUGUGAUACUGUAAUGUUCUCUUCAAAAUGUUAUUUUCCAAAAUGAGAUGACACGAGAUGUCUUUCAAACUUUUAAUAUAAAAUCUCCUCCUGUUUUUACGAUUUCUUACGAUGAAGGGAAUAGCAGAUCACCAAUGAUCUGUGAGCUAAUGCAUGUUCUUUCAUUACAUUUUUUUUUUUUGGUGAAACUCUUAAGCCAUGAUAAUAAAUGUGUGCUUUUGUUUUGCAUUGGAAGAAAUGUUGGUCUGUGUAAAAUCCUUUUCUUAUUGGAUCUGCCUCUUUUUUGGGCCGGAUUUUGGUUGUUGAUUUGUUUGGGUGAAAUGUUUGUCCGUGUCUCUGCACACAUCAGCAUGUUGGACUCAUGAUCACUUUGUUAUGGGACAUGUGUGUCGCCCUUUCUGUGCGUUAGAGAGCGGUGUUCCUUGUUAUGUCUGUCCUAAGCAUAUGCAGAAUAAAGAAUAAAUAUGUAUAUAACUCA